AUGACUGGUUUAAAACUUAUUAUCACACUGAUAUUUAUCUUUCAAGCUAGUAUUAGUGGACAGGCUAAAGAUAGCAAGCAAACAAGACAUGAACAUAAAUAUAAAAUUUAUGCAAAUCACAGUUUGCAGUGCAGUUAUAAUCCUUUCUUAAGCCUAAGUAAUGAUUUUAAUACGGCUAAAACAAAAGCGCCAAUGAAGAAUGCUUAUGAUUUAUUGAAUAAUAUUUCCAAGCAAAUUUGUCAAGAAACUAAACGGUUAUGCAUUUUUAUUAAACAUAACGCUGAUGCAAUUUUAUAUGGUUCAAUUACUUUCCUUAUUUUGAACAUUAUUGGUGCACUGCUUGUCGUCUUUUUGCUCAGCCUGAAAAUUAUGUUUGAGUUUCAAAUUAUAUCUGAAAACAUUAAGGUCUUACAAAAGGAUUUAGAGAAAGUGCUAACAAAGAUCAACGAAAAUGUGAUGUUAUCUGAUUCAAAAUUAAAUCAUAAUCGUUUCACUAAAGUAAACGCAACUAAACAAACAUAUCCGAUAUUACAUCUAUUUCGAAAACGAGAAUUAAAUGAGGAGGAAACUACCUGUCAUACUAGUGCUUGA